AUGGAGCUCAGCUCAAAGUCGAUCCGUGAUGUCAUCCACCCGACGGCGGCAUUCUCCAAGAGCCCGCCGCGGGUCCCGCCCCCUGUCCUCGUGGAGGCUGACUCGUGGGGCAGCUCACAACUGAACCCCAAAAACCGGAUCGAUAGUCUCGGCCCGCUCGCCGACCCCCUUUGGAGGAUCGACGGCUGUACUGGCCUGGGGACCCAGUAUUAUGUGCUGCCUCUAUUCCUGGGAGCCACCCCGCCCAUGCGUUUCGACGUCUUCAUACCAGAGGAGGCCGCCAAUUCCCCACUUCUCCGGCAGCUGCUUGAUCUAGAGGCCACGUUCCACACUAAAGACCCGGCCCGAGUCCGCCGCCUUGGCAUCGCGAGCCACAUUCUUCGGACGCUUCAGGCCUGGACGGCAACGAGGCGAUAUGAGGGGCCGGACUCGGUGUCGAGCAUGUACAAGAACUUGCCGUUUGGAUCUCGCAUCAUCUUUGAGAACCUGGACCUCAACAUCCACAACAUCAAAGUCACCAUCGCCCCAACCUACUAUGUCGAAAAGCAGUUGAUUGGCCUGGCAAGGCUGGCUAGCUCUCUCGGGCUGGCUCCGGACCUCUUGCCGGAGGCCAUUGAUAUCUCGCGGUUGAGCAUUGUCAAGCAGCUUCACGACAGCGUGUGUCUUGUCCACAUCGACCACGCCAACCAAGGCCGGGACGACAAGGGUGGCGAUAACGAGAAUGACAGGGAAUUGUGGAUCCUCAAAGCUCUGACAAGCGGCCCCAAAUAUCUCUACAUCGAGCUGCGGAACCUCCUGCGCAUGGAGCCGCAUGCCCACGUAAUCUCUCGGCCGAGAUAUCUCGUCACGAAGUACUGCCGGUUCGGCGGCAAGACUGCCGUUGUCGGCUUCGUUCUCCGUUUCCACACGGGUGGCAGCCUCCGCGACACCCUGCCGCUGCUGCGCAUUCACGACCAGCUCGCCCUAGACGUGCAGCUCAAAUGGACCACACAGCUGGCGUCGGCAGUGCUGCACGUUAGGGAGCGCGGGGGGAUGUUCUACCCGGACCUCCGCCUCGACAACAUCGUGCUGUCGGGCCUGGGCGACGUGGUCAUGGUCGACUUUGAACAGCGCGGCGUCUGGUGCGAGUUUGCCGCGCCCGAGGUGAAUGCGCUGGACUAUGCGCGCAUCCUGGCGAGCAGUGACGAAAACAACACGGACGACGAUCCGGCCGUCCCCGAAGACGUCCGAUCGCGCUUCGCGGCGGUGCUGACGCGGCAGCUCCCGGGUUGGGAAUCGCUGCAGGACGACGAGGAGUAUACGGCGCGCGGCCACGCGAGCUACAACGUGCCGUGGCUGUGCCUGUCGGCGGCCGAGCAGGAGGCGGCCGAGGUGUACAUGCUGGGGCGGGUGCUGUGGUGCGUGUUCGAGGGUCAGAGCGCGCCGCAGCUGGCCGCCGUGUGGCAGUCGUACCAGCGCGAGCCCGAGAUGGAGUUCCCCGAGUUCCGCCACACGCCGCCGCACCUCCGCGACCUCGUCAACCGCUGCACGCGCGGCAGGAGGGACGGCCUGUCCAGGCUGAUCACCAGGCGCGGCAGCAAGCUCGUGCUGCGUUCUGCUCCUGCUGGACGACAGCAGCAGGAGACAGACCAAGACGGGGAUGCUGUUGCUGCUUUCGAGGUGCAUAGGGUCGCGCAAGAGUGGUGGCGGACCGAGGUGAAGGCCGCCGAAGACUUCUUGCUGAUGCGGGAGCGGAUGAAGGCGCGCGGCGAGUGGGAUGACAAUUAUUUCAAGCGGCCCACGCUGGAGCAAGUGCUAGACGAGUUGAAACAAUUCCAGGCGACAAGUGUCGGCUUUGCCCCGAGCUGA